AUGGUGAAAAAGUUCGUUCAGUCUGUUGGUGUGUUCACACUCACUACCGCAUUUGUUGCAGUGAAUGGGCAAUGUCCACCCUGUUUAUCCUCGGGCGAUGCUGCUUUACAAUUUGUGGAUAUAGCUGCUGAUAUAUCCGCUUUGGCAUCUUCUCCAAAAUUUGAUCUUGCAAGUUUCGAAACAGGAGAUAAUGUUGGUGAAAUCGAGUCGCUGAUAGAGCUUCUAAGCUUAGCAGGCAAAUCCGCCCAGCUUCUCACAGCCCCUAUUACACCCUGUGACAGCAUCACCAUUGCCAAUGCGAUAAACAACCUGACCGAUCCGCUGGUCUCCGUGAUAGGCCAUUUAAGUAAUUCACUUAUUACGGAUUUCGAAAGUAGCUUGUCACAAGAUUUGUCUUCUAUGCAGUCAAUUGAAGUUGAUUUACAAAGUCAGCUCUAUGGAAAACUGGACUGUCUUGCAUUCCCCGUACUUGAUAACGAUUUUGCUGAAAUAAAUGUCGCUUUCGCUGAAGCUGCCGAUAAGUUCCAACUAGAAAUGCCUCUUCCCAGUGCAGUAUAUAGUAAGUCACCCUGUGAUUCGUGCUCUAAAGGACCAUUACUACUAGCAAGGGCUGUAAGUUCAGCUACUUCCACAAGUGCUUUGAGUACGUCGUCCAGCUCAGCAGCUUCGUCAAGUUCGGCAGCUUCAUCUAGUUCCACUGCCUCGUCCAGUUCAGCUGCUUCAUCUAGUUCCACCGCCUCGUCCAGCUCAGCUGCUUCUUCUAGCUCAGCUGCUUCUAGUUCAGCAGUUUCUUCCAGCUCAGCAGCUUCAUCUAGUUCCACUGCCUCGUCCAGCUCAGCUGCUUCUUCCAGCUCAGCUGCUUCUUCCAGCUCAGCUGUUUCAUCUAGCUCAGCUGCCUCCACUAGCUCCGCUGCUUCAUCCAGCUCAGCUCCUAGUUCGGCAGCUUCUUCCAGCUCAGCAGCUUCGUCAAGUUCGGCAGCUUCAUCUAGUUCCACUACCUCGUCCAGCUCAGCUGCUUCUUCUAGCUCCGCUGCCUCGUCCAGCUCCGCUGCUUCUUCUAGCUCCGCUGCCUCGUCCAGUUCAGCUGCUUCAUCUAGUUCCACCGCCUCGUCCAGCUCAGCUGCCUCCUCUAGCUCAGCUGCUUCUUCUAGCUCCGCUGCCUCGUCCAGCUCAGCUGCUUCUUCUAGUUCCACUGCCUCGUCCAGCUCAGCUGCUUCUUCCAGCUCAGCUGUUUCAUCUAGCUCAGCUGCCUCCACUAGCUCCGCUGCUUCAUCCAGCUCAGCUCCUAGUUCGGCAGCUUCUUCCAGCUCAGCAGCUUCGUCAAGUUCGGCAGCUUCAUCUAGUUCCACUACCUCGUCCAGCUCAGCUGCUUCUUCUAGCUCCGCUGCCUCGUCCAGCUCCGCUGCUUCUUCUAGCUCCGCUGCCUCGUCCAGUUCAGCUGCUUCAUCUAGUUCCACCGCCUCGUCCAGCUCAGCUGCCUCCUCUAGCUCAGCUGCUUCUUCUAGCUCCGCUGCCUCGUCCAGCUCCGCUGCUUCUUCUAGCUCCGCUGCCUCGUCCAGUUCAGCUGCUUCAUCUAGUUCCACCGCCUCGUCCAGCUCAGCUGCCUCCUCUAGCUCAGCUGCUUCUUCUAGCUCCGCUGCCUCGUCCAGCUCAGCUGCUUCUUCUAGCUCAGCUGCAUCGUCCGGUUCAGCUGCUUCUUCUAGCUCAGCUGCUUCAUCUAGCUCAGCUGCAUCGUCCGGUUCAGCUGCUUCAUCUAGCUCAGCUGCCUCGUCCAGCUCAGCUGCUUCUUCUAGCUCAGCUGCUUCUAAUUCAGCAGUUUCUUCCAGCUCAGCAGCUUCAUCUAGUUCCACCGUCUCGUCCAGCUCAGCUGCUUCUUCCAGCUCCGCUGCAUCCACUAGCUCAGCUGCUUCAUCCAGCUCAGCCUCUAGUUCGGCAGCUUCUUCCAGCUCAGCAGCUUCGUCAAGUUCGGCAGCUUCAUCUAGUUCCACUGCCUCCUCCAGCUCAGCUGCUUCUUCUAGCUCCGCUGCCUCCUCCAGCUCUGCAGCUUCGUCUAGCUCAGCUGCUUCUUCUAGCUCUGCUGCUUCAUCCAGCCCUGCAGCUUCUUCUAGUUCCGCAGCCUCGUUAAGCUCUGCUACUUCAUCCAGCCCAGCUGCUUCUUCUAGCUCCGCUGCUUCUUCUAGUUCAGCUGCUACGUCGACGUCCGCGCCAUCAUCAAGUUCAGCGGCCUCGUCAAGUUCCGCAGCUUCGUCGAGUUCCGCGCCCUCAUCAAGCUCAGCUGGUUCGUCAAGUUCGGCAGCUUCAUCUAGUUCCGCUGCCUCGUCAAGCUCUACUCUUUCGUCCAGUUCCGCAGCCUCGUCCAGCUCAAUUGCUUCUUCCAGUUCGGCAUCCUCGUCAGGCUCGGCCGCUUCAUCCAGCUCCGCUGCCUCGUCAAGCUCAGCUGCUUCAUCGAGCUCAGCUGUUUCUUCUAGCUCCGCUGCUUCAUCAAGUUCAGCUUCAUCGUCAAGUUCAGUUGCUUCUUCUAGCUCAGCUGCCUCGUCAAGUUCGGAAGCUUCGUCAAGUUCAGCAACUUCUAGCUCAGCAGCUUCAUCUAGUUCCACUGCCUCGUCCAGCUCUGCUGCUUCUUCCAGUUCCGCAACUUCUUCUAGCUCCGCUGCUUCCUCUAGUUCCACUGCCUCGUCCAGCUCAGUUUCUUCCUCUAACUCUGCCGCUUCUUCAAGCUCGGCUUCUUCUAGUUCAGCUGCUUCGUCAAGCUCCACUGCAUCGUCAGAUACCGUUGUUUCAUCUAGUUCCGCUGGGGUUUCUAGUUCGGUCGCUUCCUCGACAAGUUCAGCUGCUGCUUCUAGCUCCAUCACUUCUUCCACUUUAGCUGUUACUUCUAGCUCAUCUGCCUUGUCGUCUAUUGUCGCGUCAUCUAACCCCGCUGCUUCUUCUGGUUCAACUGCCUCAAGUUCAGCUGGUUCCAUGGUCGGUUCGUCGUCGUCUUCUGCUACUUCAUUUACGGGGUUUUCAAGUUCCGUCGCUUCCUCUAGCCCAGGAGCCACCUCAACCUCGGCAGCCUCAUCUUCGUCGUCCCCUGAUACCUCCGCAUCUGCUUCGGCUACUUCCUCAGCAGUUUCAUUAUCUUCCAGCGCUUCAUCAGGCUCUGUCGCUUCAUCUAGCUCUGCUGUUUUGUCAACUUCAACUGCUUCAUCAAACGUGAGAGGUUUAUCAACUUCAGCUGCUUCUUCAAGCCCUGUAGCUAGCUCGGCUUCUUCUUCAAGCCAAGCUACUUCUUCUAAUUCAACUGAAACUUAUGCCGGUGCCAGUUCUUCUAGCUCUGCUAAUUCAUCGAUUUCAGGUUCUUCGAGUACUAGUGCUUUACUUGGUUCCGUUACAUAUUCUAGCUCGGCUGUUUCGUCAAGUUUCUCCCAUUUGUCUGGGCCCUCUGCUUCAUCUGGGACCUUCUCAGGCUCAGCUACCUCAAUAACAUCUGAGACUUCCCCAGUUUCCUUUAUGACUUCAGCAGCUGCCUCAACUGGAUUAUAUUUCUCUGGAUCUGUUCCCUCUUCGAAUGCUAUAUCAUCCCACGUUGUAUCUUCAGUUACUUCCACUAUCUCUAACAACUCUGCUUACUCUAGCUCUGUUACCCCAGACAACUUGAGCGAUAAGACAGUAACAACUGUAGUUACAGUAACGGAACCCUGUUCAAUCUUGGCUGGUACUACAAUCUACACGACCACUCUAGAAACAAAAACUUUGACCAUUCCAUGUACUUCAGGUUCUACAGUGGAUCAGCCAGUAGUUACAGCAGCCACUAAUGCUAGUCCAGUCACUAUUAGUUAUACCUCACAGGAGCUGGUAUCCAAAAGAUUGUCAACUAAUACUUUGUACUCCAAUGCAGAUACCGAAGCCCUAUCAACCAAAACUUACACCACUCUCACUACUAUCACAGAGCCUUGCUCAACAUCUGAAGGGGCCGUUAUUUACACCACUAUUACCAGACCCAUUACAGUAACAAUUACUUGUAACGAAGGCUCCAGUGUUAGUUAUGUUCCUGGUUCAGGAGGCUCACAUGGAGUCACCGGUACCCAGAUUCAGGCUUCAACAUUCUCAAGUCGGGUGCUAUCGACUCUUGAUGCCAGCUUUGAAAAUAAGCCAGCUUCUUCCGGUGGAACUGUUGGCGCUCUUACCCCCACCACCAUGUUAGCCACAUCUGAAAUGACGAGUGUCCACCAGCUGACGAUGACAGUAUCAGACAACUCGGCUGUAUCAACGGGAGCCUUGGGAUUACCUAUUACAUCAGCCUCUCCGUUUGCACCUGUACCACCAGGUUCGUUCGACGAGUUGUCAUCAGGAUCAGAUAUCGUUGAGCAAUCGGCAUCAUCUGGCUCCUCAGCAUCACGGGCUGAAUUAAGUGAAUCACCUGCAACACUUACCUCAGUUAAAAACUCAGAGCAUGUUACAACCGUCUCCUCCGCAAAUGCAGUCUCUCGCACACCGCUCGCUAAUGUUUUGGAACAACCCGGCAUACCUUCCAAGUCUACUGCUAUUCCUCAGCUUGUUAACUCCGGUUCACCUGAAUUCUCAAAUAACAAGGUCUCCGUUGUGACCGAAUCCAGCUUCCACUCUGCCAGCCCACCAUUAGCCGGUGGUCCUGAUAUUGUUACUGCAACCUGCCCUGAAAAAUCAUGCCAGCCCGCGGAAACUUCACCAGCCAUUCCGUCAGUUGGUUCGACUAACAACAAGUCUCCAGGAGGUGCUGCAUCUGCAACGGUUAUUGAGUCCAUAAAGUCCUCAAGCUCUGGCACUGCUGAGAACUCUCAAACCACUCUGGCUCAAAGCAACUCUGCCGCUUCGAACGCUUUUGAGGGUAGAAUAGUUUUGGCACCACUCUGUAUUCUUUUAUUCCUUUUCUUCAGAUAG